UUUCAGAAACAAUGAUUGCUUGUGCUGUAGGGAGCUGAGCACAAAACUGAAUCGCAUCAUAAGUGCUCAGCCCAAUGUCUUGUCACUGGGUGCUGAGCUCUCCUGAAAACGUGGCUCCUGCCCGAAGAGCCCGCAGCCUAACUCAGUAGGCAAGACUGAGUAUGUUGGGGAAACCCAAGUGGGGCUAGCAUGGCCCAUCUCCAACGGGUUCAGGAAACAACUUUUCUCUUGCCAGAACUUCUGAAGCAGCUCUUCAUAGUGUAGCAAUGGGGUCUGCACGGCUGGACCCCAGUACCUGUGUGGGGAGCCCCAAUGAAGCCAGUGGUGCUCCCUACAGAUAGAGCUCUCCUCUGAGUUCAUUGCGGGAUUGAACCCUUGCUUCUUAGUAAAGAAUAACUGGCCAAGAUGGCACUGAGAAGGAUCCCAAGCUGCUCUGUGCCUUCUCACAAAGCUCUUUGGAGUGAGCAUCUCUCCAAAUAAGUUGCAUUAGGCAGAUAUCUCAAGUAGCAUUACAUAAGGGCUAAUGUACCAUGUCUAGUCAUCUUGCAUGCUGGAAGAUGGCAGGUGGUGAAUGUACUGAUCUGGUUCCUGUAGUGGGCUGUUUCACUAGACAAAACUUUCCCCCUGCAGAUGGCAGUGUCUUACAAUGAUGGUGCAGAUAGAUGUGAAGAGAAAUAAACAAAUAUGACUUCCAGGGAGAGGUCUACAAAAUCCUGUAGUUUUGUGUAUUUGAUCAUUGAGCUUAGUAGAUAACUUGUUUGCCCUUUGCUUAUAUGGGCCUUUCAGUUAUGUAACUUGGACUGAGAAAGUCAAAGCAAUUUCCCAGACUGGGGAAGAAUGUCGCACCUUUUUGGAGCACAGCAGGCCUGCGGCAGAGUGCUGGCGUCAGGGGGAGAGCAAAUGGUGGCUUGUUUGACUUGCCUUGGCACUAAAGUGUCCUGUGAGGGGUUCACUGCUUCUCUGCACACCUCUGAUCUGGGAGGGUGACUGUUCUGUGGAGCAGUGAGCUGUACUGCUCGGAGGGAUUUAGUCCAAAGGUACCCUUGUGUAAGACCUUGUGCAGGGAGGCUGUCUGAGGGUGGGGUUAUGUGACAACUGUUUGGGACAGGAAUUGAAGGACAUUGCAUCCUCCUGCCCCUUCUAAUAAACUACAGGGCAAAUUAGACAGCUUCCAGCUCAUGCAGGGACAUCCCAGGACGUGUGAGUGCAGAAUCAUCAAAAAUAUAGUCAAGAACUUCAAGUAUAUUUAUGGCCUGAGGUUCGAGGCAACAGGUCUGGAGAACUUCCAGGUCGAGGGGCCGUGUGUCAUCGUGUCAAAUCAUCAGAGCAUCCUGGACAUGACUGGGUUGAUGGAAAUCCUCCCAGAUAACUGUGUUCAGAUCGGCAAGAAGGAGCUGCUGUACAUGGGCCCUGUGGGCCUGAUAAUGUACCUGGGUGGUGUCAUCUUCAUCAACAGGAAGAGUACGAGCAAUGCCAAGACGGUGAUGUCCGGGGUUGCCCAGACCAUGCUGGAUGAGAACGUGAAGGUGUGGGUGUACCCAGAGGGCACAAGGAACGGGAAUGGUGACUUGUUACCAUUCAAGAAAGGAGCUUUUCAUCUCGCCAUACAGGCACAGGUUCCGAUUAUUCCUGUGGUGUAUUCCUCGUUCUCUUCGUUUUACAAUCCAGCCAAGAAGCUAUUUAUAUCAGGUAAAAUCCGGGUUGAGGUGCUCCAGCCAAUUGAGACCAAGGGCCUGAAGGCUGAAGAUGUCACGGACCUCACGGAGAGAUGCUACUGCACCAUGAGGGAGACCUUUUUCCGACUGUCUGGCAUGACGAGUGAGGCGAAUGGCUCAGGGCAGGGCCCUCAACAAUAGCUCCCAAAUAGCAGGGACUGAAAAGACUUAUUUCAAUUGCCAAAAUAUCCAAGGGGUUUCUCCCCUUCGUUUGCAGCAGGUUUGGGCAAAUCCUAAGCCUCUGCUUAGGGUAAUCUUAGUUGACAAACACCAUUUGUUGGGCCAGUUCUACUGUUCGGUGAAUCUCUUUGUGGGUUCGUUAUCUCCCAUGGGGAAGUGUCUCAUGCAUUCAGUUUCUCAAACACCCUACAAGUGCUAGUGAAGCGCUCCUGUCCUGAUGCCCAGUGCAGUGACCAUUCCGAACUCUUCUGCAAACUCUGGCCAUGCUCAGGCAGCUGGGACAGUAGGUGUUGCAGAACACCACAUUAAGGUCCUGGCAUUGACGCUGUAAGCCUGACACUUGCCAGAGCCAAUCCACUGGAUACCGAAGACCGUGUUAGGUACAUCUUUGCAGCCUCCAAAGGAUUAAAACUCGCUUUCAUCCUGUCCCUAGCUGUUGGUGCUUGAGGAGGUGAGGGUGGGAGCAGUUAUUCAGACAGUGUUCUUCAUGCGGCUGCACUCCACUAAUACAUUCCCAGCGCUUACAGGCAGAGGCUGAUGCCCUAGUGGUAAGUCUUGCUCACAGCUGAAAUUUAACUUCUAAGGUCUCUGCCCAGCACUCAGUUUCAUUCUUUCUCGCCUCAGACACAAUUUGUUUUUUGCUGAAUCAACCUGUUGGUUGGGGUCUUUUUUUUAAAGACCCACUAAGCAUCUGUGGUUCUGCUCAGAGACAGAUGGGAGACCAACCACUCACCCCUUCCUGAUGGAAUGGCCAAGUCCUAGGAUGUAGCAGGGAACUGACAUGUCCAGGAUGCUCUUACCAGAAGUCCUGGGGCAAGUUUUUAUACAGAUGUCAGUCCCUUAUUUGCUCUCCAGACAGAGUGAAUUCCCCACCAGUACUUUUAGCAAUCUUGCAGCCUAAGGCUUUCUUUAGGUGGGCCUCUACACAUGCUUUCUUUGGGUUCUGCUGGGCUAGGACAGGUGGGCCUUAUGGGGCCAGCUACUCUUGAUGCUGUCCCUUAAUGAAGUCAAGUUUCCAUGUCCACUGAGUGGACAAGCUCCAUGUGGACUUACUCAGGGGUAGGUAGGAGGGGGAAAUGUGGAGACCUAAAAAACCCAACCAAACCUGCUGUAUAGUGUCUUGGUAGGUUUUAUCCAAACACUUAGCAUCCCCAUAGAGGUUUGCAUUACAGCAGCUAUCAGGCUAUCUCUAAACAAAAUCCCUGGGGUUUGUAAGUGAUGCAUGAACAUGCCAAGAACUAAACUAAAAGAAUGAGACAAACCCACACAGAGACGGGGACUCUUCUCUGCUCAUCCCCAUUGUUUUGCAUUACAGCCAGCAUCCAUGAUUUAGUAUAGUCUUUUUUUUUUUUUUUUUUUUUUUUUUUUACUCCAGCUGAUGGCUUGUUUUUAGCAUGGUGCCAGGUAUGAUAGGCUGAGGGAAGGGUAGAUGUGGCACUUCCUUGGUAUUUGUUGCAACGCUUUCAGUGCUCAAAUUUUUUUUGUUUAAAAUUGUGUUUAAUCUAGGUUUUGUACCUAGAUUCUUUGUUGCUGCUCUUGCUUCCUAAGGGCUAUCCUGUGCUGUUUGACACAUUGCACAUCUGAAGCAUUGACCAAAAGACAAUGCCUGCCAUACAAACAUGUCUUGGAACAUUAGCCUUACUAGGACUGUUCGUGUCAGUUGCAAAAGCCAUGGUGUUGGAGAGGUAAAAUGUGCUGGAUGGGGGAGGGGUAUGAUGGCCCUGAAUUAGUGUUUCCUUUGGUCUGAAUUUACCAGCUGGGAAACAGUAGCUAGAGGGAUUCCCGGAAACUAAGUUUCAGACUCUCCUCACCCAGUGGUAGAAAUGUAGAGCCCCUCUCAAAGGGAGUAACAGCAGAGAUAUUUAUGCUCUCUGGGGAAGCGAGCCUUAGCCAUGAAAACUCCCAGGGAUUUGAUUUAGAGGCCUUGUCAGCUUGAGGCAACAUUCCCACAAAGGCAGUGCAUCUCUUCUUGUAAAGUAAUCUUGUGCAAUGUAUCGUCCCCAAGCUCCUGCUCAGUGGGUGGGAGUGGAGAUGAUGCUGUCUCAAUCACUGAAUUCCUGGUUUGUUUUUUUUGUUUUUUGUUUUUUUCUAUAAAGGACACCAAAUCUAAUGCUUAGAAAGCACUAAUGCAGAACUGGGAGAAACCAAAUAGAGGAUGCUGGGGGUAGGUAGCUCCACAUGGUUCAAAGCUGUAGCUAGAGCUGUGUUUACAAAUGAAUAUUGGAGCAUCGAUCUGGUACAAUCCAGAUUUCAGAACUGAAAAGCAGGAGGAUUGCUUUCUUCUACUGGUUCUGUACUGAAAUCAAAGCAGCACUUUUUUCCUUCCAUAAGAAUGGCAGACAAAGUGGCUAUGUAAGCGAGGCAAACAUCCAAGUUCUUGUGGAGAUUUCAUACCCUCUUGCCCAGUGGCUCCGGUCUAGAGUGAGCAGUUGGGAUGGUAAGGUCAUAACAGGUGGAUAUUUUUCUUUGGCCAAUGAUGACUCUGUAUCAGAUGUAUAAAUCCAAGUCUGUCUGUUUAUGACUGAGGUGGGAAAAGAGCUUGAGCGUGCACAAAGGCAGUUGUCUGCUGUUCCAUUUUUUUAGUUGUGUUUAAAUGUAUGUUUGAUCAAAUGUACAUUCUUAUAAAGCAGUUGUUUAAAUA